UCGACUCGAGAUCUUUUGCUCGUGCGACCUGCGGUGCGAAUUCGAAAUAUCCCAAGACGCUCGCUUCUUCUGCUCGGCUCGGAAGGCCAAAGCCGUCGGCCGGAGCCAUCGCCCAUGGCGACUGCGAGCUCCCUCCCGCCCAACGGCGCCGCCGUCAAGGGACCCUACCCCGGUCGCCUCACUUCCGUGUACAGCGACGUGCAGACCAGCCGACUCAACCAUUCCCUCCCUCUCCCCUCCAUCCUCAAGGCCCCUUUCGAGCUCUGCGAUGGCCCUCGUAGCUCUGCCGCCGGAAACCCAGACGAGAUUGCGAAGCUAUUUCCUAAUUUAUUUGGUCAGCCGUCGGCAAAGCUAGUGCCGGCUGGCUCGGGUCCUUCAGAUUUGCCCGGGAGUCUGAAGAUUGGGGUUGUGCUGUCCGGCGGCCAGGCUCCAGGUGGACACAAUGUGAUAUCUGGGAUAUUCGAUUACUUACAGGAUAGGACGAAAGGUAGCAUCCUGUAUGGAUUUAGGGGGGGACCGGCAGGUAUUAUGAAGCGCAAGUACGUGGAGCUGACUCAUGAUUUUGUCUAUCCUUACAGAAACCAGGGUGGAUUUGACAUGAUCUGCAGUGGAAGGGACAAGAUUGAAACUCCAGAGCAGUUCAAGCAAGCUGAAGAUACUGUGACAGAACUUGAUUUGGAUGGACUUGUUGUUAUUGGUGGUGAUGACUCCAAUACUAAUGCAUGCCUGCUUGCUGAAAAUUUUAGGCAAAAGAAAAUGAAAACUCAGCUGAUUGGAUGCCCCAAAACAAUUGAUGGAGAUCUCAAAUGCAAGGAAGUUCCUACAAGUUUUGGAUUUGAUACUGCAUGCAAGAUCUACUCUGAAAUGAUUGGAAAUGUAAUGAUAGAUGCGCGUUCAACUGGCAAAUAUUACCAUUUUGUGAGGUUGAUGGGUCGUGCUGCUUCUCAUAUAACAUUGGAAUGUGCUUUGCAAACACAUCCUAACAUUGCCAUCAUUGGUGAAGAGGUGGCUGCUAAGAAGCAAACACUUAAGAAUGUUACAGAUUACAUUACUGACAUUAUCUGCAAGCGUGCAGAACUUGGCUACAAUUAUGGUGUCGUACUUAUUCCUGAAGGACUGAUUGACUUUAUUCCUGAGGUCCAACAACUUAUUGCUGAACUAAAUGAAAUCCUAGCUCAUGAUGUAGUUGAUGCUGAGGGGUUGUGGAAAACCAAACUUCAACAACAAUCAAAAGUUCUCUUUGAAUUCCUGCCCCAGGCAAUCCAAGAUCAACUUUUGCUGGAAAGAGAUCCACAUGGAAAUGUACAGGUUGCCAAAAUUGAAACUGAAAAAAUGCUCAUCUCCAUGGUUGAAACAGAGUUGCAGAAUAGAAAAUUGGAGGGUAAAUAUGCUGGAAAUUUUAAAGGACAGUCCCACUUUUUUGGAUAUGAAGGAAGAUGUGGCUUGCCAACAAAUUUUGAUGCCAACUACUGCUAUGCACUGGGGUAUGCUGCAGGAGCUCUGCUACAUUCAGGAAAGACAGGGCUCAUUUCCUCGGUUGGUAACUUAAGUGCUCCUGUUGAUGAAUGGACUGUUGGUGGAACUGCAUUGACUUCAUUGAUGGAUGUAGAGAGGAGACAUGGUAAAUUCAAGCCAGUGAUCAAGAAGGCUAUGGUGGAACUGGAUGGUGGCCCAUUUAGCAAGUUUGCAUCAAUGCGAGAUGAGUGGGCUAUCAAGAACAGAUACAUCAGCCCCGGACCAGUUCAAUUUAUUGGUCCAGGAUCAAACGAUGUUAACCACACCCUGCUCUUGGAACUGGGAGCCUGGGCUUAAUUGUCUGAAGCUGCCUUUGAAAUUAAUGUUAACCCCAAGAGUGGGGAACACAAACAAGGUGAUAGCUACGUGAAACUUGAGAUCUUUGAGAAAGCAUUUCCAUCGUACCCUCCAAUUGUCGUUGACAUAUAGCUUGAGCAGAAGGCAAUAACAGUUGACCUUUUCCUACCUAACAUGGUCAGACUAAUUGGGUCAAACAGUUUGUGUCAAAUCAUGCCAUCUACUUCAUUGCAUGUUUUGCCAAUUCAACCAGCCCUGUUCCUUCUGUAGAUCUUGUGUUUUCUGUUUUUCCUUUUUUAAUUUGCUUGAUAUUUAGUUAUCGUUGUAUCUUGUGUCUUUUUGAGAUACCAUUGUUGAUCAUUCUAGCUUUCUUGUGUCCAAAAAUAUUUUUUUUUA